AAGAGCCCAGUCAAAUGAGAAGUUGUCCUCCAUUACCGCGAAGAUUUGAAAUGAAUCGUUUAAAGUUGUAAUCAACGAAGAGGGUUCAUAUCAGUUAGCAGCUCUACUGUUAGAAAAACCAAGUUUCAACAUGAAUAUCCUUGACCUACCCUCUAUGAAACUGUUUGUGUCGGACCUGCAACAUUGUGAGAAGUCCUCUGAAGCCAUCAAUCCUAGUGUCAAGACUGUCAGCUGGGAAAUUAAAGUGCUUGGCAAGAAGAAGUUAUUUGGGUGUGUGUGGGUACAAGGUUUGGUGGUGCAGAAGAGUGAGAAAGGAGACGAGAUGGUGCUUGAUGAUGGGACAGGGACUGCACGGAUAGUGGGGUGUGACAAGGUCCCUCCAGCCUGUCCCCGAGUAAAACCAGGUCAGUAUGCAAUGGUGAUAGGUGUAAUGAUAGCUGGUGGUCCAGAGCCUACUGUUCGUGGUAUAAAGAUACAAGACCUCAGUGGAUGCAUGAUAGCAGAAAGCAUGUGGAUGUUGGAGGUGAUAGACUGUGCCAGCACCUGAUGUAUUGUCCAGCAUCGCGUGACAGUGUCACAAGCACAUGUGGGUGUUGUAGGUGAUGGACUGUGCUAACUGCUGAUGUAUUGUCCAGCAUCGCAUGACAGUGUCACAAGCACAUGUGGGUGUUGGAGGUGAUGGACUGUGCUAACUGCUGAUGUAUUGUCCAGCAUCGCGUGACAGUGUCACAAGCACAUGUGGGUGUUGUAGGUGAUAGACUGUGCCAGCACCUGAUGUAUUGUCCAGCAUCGCGUGACAGUGUCAUAAGCACAUGUGGGUGUUGGAGGUGAUGAACUGUGCCAGCACCUGACGUAUUGACCAGCAUCGUGUGACAGUGUCACAAGCAUGUGUAGAUGUUGGAGGUGAUGGACUGUGCUAACACCUGAUGUAUUGUCCAGUAUCACGUGACAGAGUUACAAGCACAUGUGGGUGUUGUAGGUGAUGGACUGUGCUGACACCUGAUGUAUUGUCCAGUAUCACGUGACAGAGUUACAAGCACAUGUGGGUGUUGUAGGUGAUGGACUGUGCUAACACCUGAUGUAAUGUCCAGUAUCCCAUGACAGUGUUACAGGCACAUGUGGCUGUUGGAGGUGAUGGACUGUGCUAACAUUAACACCUGAUGUAUUGUCCAGUAUCGCGUGACAGAGUUACAAGCACAUGUGGGUGUUGGAGGUGAUGGUCUGUGCUAACACCUGAUGUAUUGUCCAGCAACGGGUGACAGUGUCACAAGCACGUGUAGAAGUUGGAGUUGACCGCCAGCAUCAUGUGACUAUGUCUCAAGCACUUGUGGAUGUUGUAGGUGAUGGACUGCCAGCACCUGACGUAUUGACCAGCAUCGUGUGACAGUGUUACAGGCGCAUUGUGAUGUUGGAGACGAUAGACUGAUGUAUUGAGCAGCAUCAUGUGACAGUGUCAUAAGCACUUGUGGAUGUUGGAGGUGAUGGACUGUGCUAAUACCUGAUGUAAUGUCCAGUAUCGCGUGACAGAGUUACAAGCACAUGUGGGUGUUGGAGGUGAUGGACUGUGCUAACACCUGAUGUAUUGUCCAGUAUCAUGUGACAGUGUCACAAGCACAAGUGGAUGUUGGAGGUGAUGGACUGUGCUAAGACCUGAUGUAUUGUCCAGUAUCGCGUGACAGAGUUACAAGCACAUGUGGGUGUUGGAGGUGAUGGACUGUGCUAACACCUGAUGUAUUGUCCAGUAUCGCGUGACAGAGUUACAAGCACAUGUGUAGUUGUUGGAGGUGAUGGACUGUGCUAACACCUGAUGUAUUGUCCAGUAUCAUGUGACAGUGUCACAAGCACAAGUGGAUGUUGGAGGUUAUGGACUGUGCUAAGACCUGAUGUAUUGUCCAGUAUCGCGUGACAGUGUUACAAGCACAUGUGGGUGUUGUAGGUGAUAGACUGUGCUAACAUCUGAUGUAUUGUCCAGUAUCGCGUGACAGUGUUACAAGCACGUGUAGAAGUUAGAGUUGACCGUCCAGCAUCAUGUGACAGUGUCACAAGCACUUGUGGAUGUUGGAGGUGAUAGACUGUGCCAGCACCUGAUUAUUGUCCAGUAUUGCAUGACAGUUACAAGCACAUGUGGGUGUUGUAGGUGAUGGUCUGUGCUAACACCUGAUGUAUUGUCCAGUAUCGCGUGACACAGUUAUAAGCACAUGUGGGUGUUGGAGGUGAUGGACUGUGCUAACACCUGAUGUAUUGUCCAGUAUCGCGUGACACAGUUAUAAGCACAUGUGGCUGUUGGAGGUGAUGUUCUGUGCUAACACCUGAUGUAUUGUCCAGUAUCGCGUGACAGUGUUACAAGCACAUGUGGGUGUUGGAGGUGAUGGUCUGUGCUAACACCUGAUGUAUUGUCCAGUAUUGCGUGACAGUGUUACAAGCACAUGUGGGUGUUGGAGGUGAUAGACUGUGCUAACACCUGGUGUAUUGUCCAGUAUUGCGUGACAGUGUUACAAGCACGUGUGGGUGUUGGAGGUGAUAGACUGUGUCAGCACCUGAUUAUUGUCCAGUAUCACGUGACAGUUACAAGCACAUGUGGGUGUUGUAGGUGAUAGACUGUGCUAACACCUGAUGUAUUGUCCAGUAUUGCGUGACAGUGGUACAAGCACGUGUGGGUGUUGGAGGUGAUGGACUGUGUCAGCACCUGAUUAUUGUCCAGUAUUGCGUGACAGUUACAAGCACAUGUGGGUGUUGUAGGUGAUGGACUGUGUCAGCACCUGAUUAUUGUCCAGUAUUGCGUGACAGUGUUACAAGCACGUGUGGGUGUUGGAGGUGAUAGACUGUGUCAGCACCUGAUUAUUGUCCAGUAUCGCGUGACAGUUACAAGCACAUGUGGGUGUUGUAGGUGAUGGACUGUGCCAGCACAUACAUUUAUCUGCAAUUUCAGUUGAUAAAAAACAUUGCCUGACAAAUUAACUACCUGAAAAGUCAGAUCAUUAAAGGUCAAAAUAAUGCUAUAAAUAAAUGUCCACACUGAACGUCGUCGAAGACUCACUAACAUUGUGUUGUUCUACCAGGAAAAUGCACUUGUGCACAAGUCUGUAGUCGCCUUGGAUGCAAUGCGUGACUGAGGCUUUGAACUCAUUGAACAUCCACUGUAUGCCCCAUGUUCACCAGAUUUGACAUUCUCAGAUAUUCACGUCUUGAAUAGAGAACUGAAGACUUGAAGAGAGAACUGUCUGGCAAGCAUUAUGAUGCCAUUUCUGCUAUGGACAUGAUGGAGGACUUCUUACACCACAAGGAGGAAGCCUUCUACACCAGUGACAGAAGUGUGUGGGCCCCAGAUGGGAUUAAGUAGAAACAUAAUAAGGAAUCAAUGCAGUCCAUCAUACUUAGGCUCAGAACUUUUACAGCCACCCCUCAUAUUGACUGCUGUAGCAUCACAUAAGAGACCAACCAUUUGGUAUUCUGGAGGUGUGUGGGUGGUGGUGGUGGAAGGGGGUGGGCAGUAAAGAUAUUCUAGAUACCAAAGAAAACAAUCACUACCCAAAGGUAGCGUAUGAAUAAAAAUAUAAGCGACAAGACCUUUCCAUAUUCAUAAAUGAUCUCUGCCAAAAGCAGAGUUGAUUGUACAAUUCAGACUAUGUCAUUAGCACGUGUUUAUGAAUUACUGUCAAAUUGUGGUGAUACCAGGUGUGCCAAAACGUAAGUGUAUCAUAUCAUCCAGUUUUAAUAAAAAGAUUGUAAGAGGAACAUCAGAACAUUCUUUACAGUUACAUGGGAUAGAUAGUAUUCUAUACAUUUAUGCGAUUUCAGUUGCUUGUAAUAAAAACCUUUGCUUGAUA